AUGUUGAACAUUCAAAAUAAGAAUUCUUCGUAUUUCGUUGAUUGGAUUCCAAACAACGUUAAAACUGCGGUUUGCGAUAUUCCACCAAGAGGACUGAAGAUGGCGGCCACCUUCAUUGGCAAUUCAACCGCCAUUCAAGAACUUUUCAGACGUAUUUCGGAGCAUUUCACCGCAAUGUUCCGUCGUAAAGCAUUCCUUCACUGGUACACUGGUGAGGGAAUGGACGAGAUGGAAUUCACUGAAGCUGAGAGCAAUAUGAAUGACCUGGUUUCUGAGUAUCAACAAUAUCAGGUAACAACCAUCGAUACCACUUCACAUUCUAUCUCAUAA